AGUUAUCGGGCACGCCAUCGACGCCAUUGCAAAAUUAUGAAAACAAAGUCUGACGACGAAGAACAACAAUCAAGAGAAAUUUACAUUUACAUUUAUUGUUCGUUGAAAUCGUCCUUCAAUGGCUUUAUUUAUAGAGUCGCUACUGCCCCGGUACAAAAUGAACAAAAAAACCGGUGUAACUGUUUGUCCUACCACCGAGGAACGGUCCGGAACUGUUCGUGAAGUUGGUUCCCAAGCGAUUUGGAGUUUGUCCUCCUGUAAACCUGGUCAAGGAAACAUAGGAUUCGGCGUUGAGCAGCUGCGGGACAACUCGAUGGAAACGUACUGGCAAUCGGACGGGCAGCUGCCGCAUCUGGUAAACAUCCAGUUCUCCCGGAAGACCACGGUAAGUCAGAUCUACAUCUAUUCCGACUACAAGCUGGACGAGAGCUACACCCCGAGCCGGGUUUCGAUCCGCUGCGGAACGCACUUCAACGACCUGCAGGAGGUCGAGGUUUUGGAUCUGUGCGAACCGUCCGGCUGGGUGUGCAUCCCGAUCAAGGAGGUGCGAGACAUCCCGAUGCGGACGUUCAUGAUUCAGAUUGCCGUGAUCAGUAACCACCAGAACGGGCGCGACACUCACAUGCGCCAGAUUAGGGUACAUUCGCCGACGGACCUGACGACCUAUCCGCUGGAACAGUUCGGACCGUUUAGUACGAUAGAGUUCCAACAGUUUCGAACAAUACGAUAGAAUUGACGGAUAGACUUUGCUGGAAAAUCUAAA